AUGCAUUCCUCCAUCAUUAUCAGUCUGUUCUUUAUGUUAUCUGCUCUGUCGGGAUCUUAUGGUGGUAAUGUUUUGGUCGUUCCUGCGGAUGGAAGCCACUGGAUCAAUAUGAAGGUCCUGAUUGUGGAGUUACAUUCAAAAGGCCAUAACAUGACAGUGAUCCGACGUUCUACUAGCUGGUAUAUUGAAGAGCAGUCACUUUACUACACCUCCGUUACUGUGGAUACGGGUGAAUUUGAAGAUGACUUCAUGGUGAGGUUUUUGCCCCGUUUAUUGCAGAACAUGAGAGAAGGAAGAUCAUUUUGGAAUGAAUUGACUCUUGUUGAAGAGGUUUAUACCAGGUUCGGAGAAAUUCAGAAGGAGGUGUGCAAUAUGACGGCCAAGAUAUUUAAUAAUGAGAUCCUAAUGAAAUCACUGGAGGAUGCCAAAUAUGACCUUGUUCUUACUGAUCCUGCUUUUGGAGGUGGGGUGUUACUGGCACAUCGUCUUGGACUCCCUCUUGUCCUUAAUGCCCGUUUGACAAUGUAUGGAGAAGGUCACUUAGUUGUAGCUCCGUCUCCUCUCUCUUAUGUGCCUGUUAUAGGGCUACAACUUACCGACAAAAUGACAUUUAGUCAAAGAGUCAUGAAUGGGGUGACAUAUAUAAUGAUUCUUUAUAAAAAUUCAAAAUACUUUGGUUUUCCUUACAAGGAGUUCUCCCAAAAAUAUUUAGGUGCAGAUGUUGAUUUCUUCUCCCUUCUCCAGGAUGCUGACAUCUGGCUCAUGAGAAAUGAUUUUACUUUUGAGUUUCCACGACCCACAAUGCCAAAUAUCGUCUACAUGGGUGGCUUCCAGUGCAAACCCGCUAAACCACUUCCAGAUGACCUUGAGAAGUUUUUGCAGAGCUCUGGAGAACAUGGAGUCAUCAUCAUGUCUUUAGGCACUCUUAUUGCUCAGCUUCCACAGGACGUCACCCAAGAGAUAGCAGCGGCUUUUGCUCAACUUCCUCAAAACGUAAUCUGGAGAUACACAGGGUCUCGACCUGUUACCCUUGGCAACAACACAUUGCUUGUGGAUUGGCUCCCUCAGAAUGACCUUCUCGGACAUCCUAAAACUAAAGUGUUUGUAGCACAUGGAGGCACCAAUGGAGUUCAGGAAGCCAUCUAUCAUGGUGUUCCCAUCUUGGGUAUACCUUUAGUGUUUGAUCAACAUGACAAUCUUUCCAGAAUGCAAGCAAAAGGAACAUCAAAGUCUGUAGACAUUUCAACUCUGGACAGGACUGUUUUUCUAGAGGCAUUAAAGGAGGUUUUGUAUAAUUCAUCUUAUAGAGAGAACAUGCAGAGACUGUCCAGUUUGCACCGUGAUCAGCCAAUGAAACCUCUCGAUCGUGCUGUCUUCUGGAUUGAGUUUGUCAUGAGGAACAGAGGAGCCCCUCACUUACGAACGCAGUCGUUCAGAAUGUCCUGGAUUGCUUACCACUCUAUAGAUGUUAUUUUGACUUUAACGGUGGCAGUUUUCAUAUUUGUAUAUUUCUCUAUGUAUGUAAUCAGACGUUUUUUUAGAGUUUUAUUCAAAACGAAAAGAAAAUGUGAGUGAUGUACAGAGUGGAAAUAAGAGCCAAGUGUAUACUUUUAUUUGAUUAUGAUAGCAUGUGUUUGCUUACAUCUAAAUCUAAAAGAAUUAGUUUAAAUG